AUGAAAAUAAUUUUACAGUUUGUUUUCUGGCACGCACUCAUUUUUAUUUGCACAUGCUUUAAUGUAGACAAAAUUUACAAGACGAACAAAACGAACUUGUUCCUUUACAACAAAAAAAACACCACCCAUAAAAAAUAUAAACCCAGAUCAGUAACCAUAUUUAAUAGUGAUCGAAAUAGUACUACCAUAUCUCCCCAGUUGAAUUAUGAACAAAAUGAAGAAAACGAAGCUGAAAUUCGAAAAAAGAUAGAAGCUGAAAGAGAAAGAAGGGAACAAAUUAAAAAGGAAAAUAUUUUGUUUAUUAAAAAAAAUUUUCAAUAUGUAUGUAAUAACCUCCCGAUUAAUGUAGAAAAAAAAUAUAGUUACGAAACUUUUAAAUAUAGUGAUGAAAUACUUGCAUAUAUUUUUUUUGUAAUAAAUUUGUUUAAACAUGAACAAUUUAAAAAUAAAAUAUACAAAGAGCACCUACAAAAUGAGGCUUCACAUGGAAAAACAAACUGGGACAGCAUACAGAUGAAUGAACCUUUUCCCCACCCCUUCAAUUCCAAUGUUAAUAACAAUUUGUCUAAAAGAAAUCAAAAAUUAGUAUCAGAUUUUAUAAACAAAUUUGGAGAUAAAUUCAAAUUUUUUAAUUCUCCAGAAAAAAUUCAAAGGGAAGAUUGGGAUAAUAUGUUUAAACUAGAACAAGAUGAUAAAAAAAAAUUUUUUAAAAAUAUAAAAAUUAAAAAUGAUAAAGUCAAAGAAUACUAUUUUGUCAUAUAUUACUGUAAUUGGCAGUAUGAGUGCAUGGCACUUUACAAUUCCAUUCAUAACAUUUUCAAUAAUGAAUAUAACAAUAUUAAUUUUUACAACAUUGCAAAUAAUGUUGAUGAAAAACAAGCACAACUUGGAGAAGACGAUGAGCAAGACGCAAACCAUUCUAGUAAAAAAUCAAAAGAAGAACAGGAAGAAAUAAUAACUAAGGAAGAUAUUGAAAAAAUAAAAGAAAUGUACAUUAGAGAUAUGCAAAAUAACGAAAUAACAGAUAUAGACAGUUUGCUUAGUAAAGAGGAAGAUAUUCAAGGCAAUGAAGGGGACAAUUCAUCACAGGAAAAUUCCAAUGACAGUAACCAAUCACCCAAUGAGAACAAACAAAACGAUAAAAAUGACAACAAACCAAAAAAUGGUGAUUCUUCAGAAUCGAAACAAGUUCCAGAAGAAAACAAAAAAAAAACAUUCCAAGAGCUAAUGGAAGAAGAAAAAAAAAAAUUAGAUGAAGAAUUCUUUCUAUAUGGUUAUUCAAAAUAUGAAGACAUCGAACAGAUAAAGAAAGAGGAAGAAAUGAUAAAAGAAACCAAAAAAAUAAUUAAGGAAGAAAAAUCCUCCCAAGGAAAAUUGAACAAUGAAAGAGAGUUCAAAAAUGUUCUAAAUGAUUUCUCAUUUCAUAUUAAAAAUUAUAAAGAUUUAUAUAACUACGACACAGAUAAGGGAGAGAAAAAGGAAUUAUUAGAAAAUUCGGAUGUAAUUUCUACCCACACUACAACGAAUGAUUUACCAGAAUCGCUAAUCAGAACAAAUUCUACCAUUUCUCAAAUAGUUAAAGAAAUGGACGACAAAACAAAGGACAGCAAAAAAGAAGUAAACAUAAAUGUUAUUUUUGUUCGUUUAAGCAACAGUACAGUUAUAGGGAAGACCAAAAAUAUAAAACAAAAAAUUAAAAAAAAAUGGAUUUAUUCACAUGAAAAAGAAAUUAAAUUUUAUGAAUUAAUUUUAUCUGUUAUGCUGAAUGAAAAUAUUUACUAUAAGGAUAUACCACAUAUGGAAAUAUUCUCAUUGGCAUAUGAAAAGAAGAAAUUAUACGACUUUUUUAAUGAAGUAAACACAAAUUUAAAGCAUAGUUUUAUUCAUAAAAAUAAUGUGUAUGAUAUACAUAAUAACGUUAUUAAUCAGAACAUGGAUAUCUACAAUUUUGACAUAUACGAUAAAAACACAAAUUCGAAAAGCGAUAUUUCACCAGAAAAUAAAAGCAACACUUCCCAAGAUGAAGCUGAAAAUACAAAUACUGACAAUAUAGAAUAUGUACAAAAUGAUGAUGUCAUUUUUGAAGAACUAAAUUUAGAUGAUGAAAUAGAAGACACAGAAAAUUAUAAAGUCAUAUAUGAUGGAAAUGCAAAUGAAAUGAACCAAAAUGAUGAACCACUAAAAAAUAACACAACAGAAGUAAGUAGUAACGAAGAAGGUGAAGAAAAUAAUAAUUCCCAAUCUCCACUUUCGAAGAAGAAAAAAAAAAAAAAAAAAAAUCAAAUUCAAUACAAACUUAUUAAAAAAAAACAUAAUAAAAAAAAAAUAAGUAAAUAUGAAGCAUUAUUUAAAAAUAGAUAUAAUAAUAUAUUUUCUAACACUAUUAAAAGUAAAUUAUCCAUUCAAAAAAUUAGCUCCAUAUCAAAUGUGAAUGAAUAUGCAAAUUAUACCAUCGAUACAUUUAAAAAUUUUUCUUUAAGUGAUAUUUUUCAAAACAUGUCAUCAAGUCAAAAUUUUAAAAUUGAUAAAAAUUACGUGCACUAUUUAAAUUUUAAAAUACCCAAAGAAAUCUUCCCUUUUAUUCUGCAAUUGUCUCUAGCCUUCAAGUAUGAACACACCACUCUUUUGAUGAAUGCUCCCAAAAAAAUAGAAUUCGAGUUUAGAAAUGUUUAA